AAUGGGCUGGCCCAUGGGCUUUUAAGGACACCGACUGCGUUAAUCCCCAACAAUACAGAGCUUUUACUAGAUUCUAGAGAGCAGCUGCUUGGCUUGACCUUCUCUACUCUGAACGAUCCCGCCAAAGAACACUCGAGAGAGAGAGACUGUGUGUGAAAAUCAGUGAGCUGAAGAGAUCCAGCGAAGAUGAGUACAAUGAAGUUUUGUCGCGAAUGUAAUAACAUCUUAUACCCAAAGGAAGACAAGGAGCAAUCGAUACUCCUCUACGCUUGCCGUAACUGUGAUCAUCAGGAAGCGGCGGAUAACAACUGUGUGUACAGAAACGAGGUUCAUCAUUCAGUAAGUGAACAAACGCAGAUCCUAUCCGACGUCGCUUCUGACCCCACUCUUCCCCGCACCAAGGCUGUCCGCUGCGCCAAGUGUCAACACGGCGAAGCUGUCUUCUUCCAGGCUACUGCUAGAGGCGAAGAAGGAAUGACUCUGUUCUUCGUUUGCUGCAACCCCAAUUGUGGCCAUCGUUGGAGAGAAUAGGAAACUUUGUAGUAGCUUACUGUGUAAUGUGUUAUUGACUUCCCCUUUUACGUCUUUCAUACGUUCAAUUUGGAGUUUUCUGUUGGCUAAUAUGAAAACUGUGGGAGAUGUUAUCGAGUUCUUGAAUUUUUAGGGUCUUUUAUGAUCAUUUUAGUUUUAUCUAGUCUAAUUAUGAAUUUGCUGA